AUGUUGCCCACUGGUGAACGGUUUGGGGGAAACAGAAUGGAGCUGGGGGGCGACGGAGCUUCACACCACUUGACGGGUAGCGCUAGGUUACCUGCGGCUUCUGUUCACGCUUCUGGACAGACCAGGAUGAUAAACUCCGGGAGCGAUGAACGGCUCGGUCAUGACGGGAGCCCUGCGCGUGCGGUCCGUCGCGCUAUGCGUCCGUCGGGGACGCCCCAGUUCAAGACGCUCGGGAGACCGGUGGCGUCUGCUGUACGUGCGAUAUCCGAGAGUCCCGCCAUCGCUGUGAACGCGUUCCCGGAUAUCGCCUUGCGGCAGCAGGACCUUGGGUCCUUGUAUGGGCCGACCGGCGGCGAGCAAGCACCGCAAGGCACAACGAACGUGGCGAGGGCACAGGCGCCUUUCGGCGUUGGUGUGCGUAACUUGCUGGAGCAUGGCGCGACCAACGGUUUGCGGUCCUCGCAAAACUCCGAUUCCUCAACGGAGCAGCAUGCAUCGAUGGAGGCAACUGCUUCUUGUCUGGACGGGCACUCAGGCGCCAACCUAGAGGCACCCCAACGGCUCACGUCCGUGCUGAACUCGAUCGAGCAGCUGCAAAUGCCCCCGCCGCUGACCGAGGAGCGUGACCGGUUGUAUCAGGUCCUUGGGAUACCGCGGGAUAUGCAUAAUUUGCGUCAGAUUCGGAACGCGUAUCUUCGAGAGAUAUGCAAGUACCAUCCAGAUCGCAUAACGGCCUUAAUGAACGCGUACCGACGAUGUAGUGAACAUGCUCACUGCAGCAGAGAGACGACGGAGCAGGGCUUGGAACGUUUGGAGAACAUUCGAAAGGCGUAUGUGGAUCGAACGCAAGAGAUUCAACUUGCCUUUGAGACGAUCAGUGACCCCGAGCGCCGUCGCGUCUACGAUACGUUUGGUUACCGCUGCGUGCGGGAUCGGCGUCUCUUGAACAUGAUUCUGCAACUGAGCGAUUUCAUUCGAUGUCGCAGUUUGAAAACUCGGCAGCUUCGGGAGCGGGUGCUCCGUGCCUCACGGAAUCGCAGUGGACCGAACGCUGGCGAUCACGCUAGCACUGAUCAGGGGACGGCUAAUGCAGCGACCACGACUCCGUACGGUUUCACUGGCGCUGGGGGUCCCGCAUACGGCUGGUGGGAUAACGGAUGCAGCGCGUCGAUAGCGGAACGUCAAGGUCUCGAUCGGUGCCUCCACAAGAUGCCCUGUGAUACUGUGUCAGAUUCUGCCUCGCAACCUGAAAAGCUCAGCUUGUGGUCUGGGCACAGCCUGUCUUCGAGCGCGAGCACUGGCACCGAGGGCACGGAUCGUGGUGAUGGCCAGCGGGCCACGAAAUCGACGAGCAACGCAACAGCUGUGCACAACAUCGUGCACGAGCUCGCUUUUGAUCUGGCAGACUUUUACCGGGGUCGGGCGAUACGCGUUGCGAUUGAGAGAUCGGGCUUUGGGUUAGACGGACGACCUUGCCGCGAGGAGUGCGCGCUCACGAUCCGGGUGGAACCUGGCAUGCGCGAUGGCGAUCGGGUGGAAUUCCCCGGAUGCGGAAACGCCGCGUAUCCAGGGGCGGAAGCCGGCGCUGUCAUCUUCGUUCUGCGAGAGAAGCCGCAUCCGCGCUUCACCCGUGUAGGCGAUGAUUUGCGAAUGCGCAAGAAGCUCACACUGGCAGAGGCGUUGUGCGGGUUCUCGUUUACGCUGAAACUUCUGGACGGACGCACCAUCAUGGUGCAGAGUCGUGACGGCAGCGUGACACGCCCCGGCACGGUGAAACGGAUCCCGCACAAGGGCAUGCCAAAACGGCGAAGAUAUGCAAGUACACCGCUCGACUAUGGAGAUCUUUUUAUUGAAUUCGAUGUAGAAUGGCCACGUGACGGUGUCAUCCGCGGACCCGCGAAAGAACAGCUCCUGGCAGUGCUGGCGACCAUAAGUAGUGAGAAUGAUAUGUGCAAAACUCGAGGGAUGGAGCGCUCGGAAAGCGCACAGCUUGGCGAGACGAACCGGACAAGUAUCGAAUCGGUUCGAACGAUAGAUGAAGCACGACACUCGUUCGACGAUUCCAUGGACGAUAUACCGACACUAACGUCGAACACGGCCAAUCAACGAGCCAUGUCGUCGUAUACACCGUCUGCGAUCGAUGAUAACGACGACGAUGAUGACGAUGAUGAUGAUGAUGAUGACCAUGACGAUGCCGAGAACACCACCGGCGACGAAAGCGAUGAAGACGCAGCUGCUUGCGUCGAAGAAAUUGUCACCGCAGAAAAAGUCCGAAGGUUGCCGCCCGAAUGGAAAGCCUGCCCUCGAUGCCAUCAGGAGAAGACACGCGCGAGGCAAUCAUCGUCGGAUUUGCCUCGUAUCUCCAUGGUGACAGAUGCAAGCUCUCGCGAGCUCUCCCGCAGUUUCUCACUGGAUCACUGA